UAAAUUUGAUAACGCUUUCCUGAUUUGACUCCCGCGUUUAUAACAUUUAGUUUUCUUUUUACAUAACAUAUUAUUUUUUAUACUGCAACAUUCCCACUAUUUAAAAUAGGACGAAUCAACUUUUAUGAUUAGAAAAAUAUGAAGCCAUUAUCUAUAAUUUCCGAAGGGAGCCAAGUGAAUCAGAUAUUAUGUGCGGUUUUGAUUUCUAUGCCAAUGUUCGCCUACGGAAAUUGUAUAGGAUGGAUGUCCCCGAUGACUAUCCUAUUGCAGUCGAAAAACUCUCCUACGAGCAUUCCUCUUACGGAUGUUGAGAUAUCAUGGAUGGCUUCGCUGCCAUAUCUAAUAUGUGUGCCGGCGACAUACCUCGUAGCAACACUGGGGGAUAGGUUCGGACGGAAGUUUGCUCUGCUCUUCAUGUCGGCUGUCAGUGCUACAAUCUGGAUACUGAAACUUUCAUCUAUGAACAUUUGGGUGUUCAUCGUCGCUCGUAUUUUAGCCGGCGUAGUGAUGGCAGGCAGCUGCGUUACUUAUCCGACAUACAUCAAAGAGAUUUGCGAAGAUAAUAUCAGAGGCGCUUUAGGAUGUUGGGGAGCUCUGUUUUUCACCACCGGGAGUCUGUUCGCGUAUAUAGUUGGAGAUAUAUUGAGUUACCAAACUAUUCUCAUGGUGUUCUUGGCUAUACCAAUUAUAAACAUUCUAGUAUUCCUUAUGAUGCCUGAAUCACCUUCAUACCUUAUCAAGUAUGGAAAAGAGGAGGAAGCAGUGAAGGCUUUAGUUUGGCUUCGUUGUAGAAGGCAAUAUGAUCUGACUAUACAACGAGAAAUUGACUUUAUGAAAAGAGAACAAAGGAAUGACGAACUGAAAGGGAAAAAUUUAAUGAAAACUAUUUUGACAGAUAAGAUCCUCUUUCGGGCUUUCCAAAUAGCUCUUGUAGCAGCUUUGGCCCGGGAAUUAUGUGGUGCAGUGCCAGUAUUGAACUUCGCUGCGGAUAUAUUCCGGCUCGCGUCAGGGGUCACAGGUUUGGUGCUCAGUCCCAACCAGCAGGCCAUGGUGCUCGGGUCCGUACAGUUGUGUGGGGCGAUCAUGGCAUCGGGUAUCGUCGAGAGAUGUGGUAGACGGCCACUUCUGAUUUUAACGUGCGUAGCUUCUGGCCUCAGUAUGUGCAUAUUGGCGACUUGGUUCCUACUCUACGAGUUUAAUGUCAGUCCUCCCGGGUGGGUGCCAGUGGUCACGUUGUGCGUUUGCAUCUUCUGUGAUGCUUCAGGACUGAUGCCCAUUUCCAUUGUCAUCACUGGCGAAACGUUCUCUUAUAAGUACCGAGGAACGGUGUUGGCUACAACGAUGGCAAUAUCUUCAUUCGCGGAUUUCUUUCAACUGCUGUUUUUCAAGCCAUUAGCAAAAUCUAUUGGAGUAUACGUGGCGUUUUACUUUUUCGGAGCGAUGUGCUUAGCGACGUCUUUGUACGUUUUAUUGAUUGUACCAGAGACCAAAAACAGGAAGCUAGAGGAAAUUUAUGACGACCUGCAGAGUAAAAAGGGGAAGAGGAAAAUCGAGAAACACACAUCUACGACUAAUGUACCCUGAUUUGUAAUUUAAGUGUACCUCUGUAAAAUAUAUUUAGUUUGAUGUAAAAUAAUGAUGAAGAUGUCAAUGGACCUAUUUGUUAUAUUACGUUUUAUAUAAGAUUCAUAUAUUUGUAAAUUCUUAGGUAAUCUGAACCUAAAUCAAGAUAGUCCACAGUGGACAGGACUUAAGCAAAAUCAGAAAAAAACUGCACAAUUCAACCAUGCAUUGAGAAUUAAACAGAAUUCCCAAAGUUUUAUAAAGACAUCGUGUUAUUAAGGGGUUUUAAUUCGUGAUAUUACUAAAAUAAUCUGGUGGACUUCUGUUUAAAAUCAUUAUGUAAUAAGUUUGAAGUAAAUAUAAAAUGUAUAGUUUAUUUUAAUUAUAACAUUAACAAUUCAUAUGACUGAAUAUUUAAAUUAUUUUAAAUUUAUUACUUAUUUGGUUUUUUUAAUUAAAAAUGAUGGUCUCGUAAUUUACGUUAAUUUGACUAGUAGAAUAAUUAAGCAAUAAUAAAGUGAAAUUUAUCUAUUAUGGCAAAAAAGUCCUAAAUUUAUUUUUAUCGACUUGUUACUAUUACCUUUCGACGUAGAUUCUAAUCUCAAAUCAUAAUCAUGUAGGAACCUCUUU